UACAACGAGCUUUCCUGUAUUCAUACGGAAUGAAUAAUACGCUAAACGUGUUAAUUAUCGAGGUGGUAAAUCGUUAGAACAUGCAUUAGGUUAGCAUAGCUUGUAGUAGCUAUACCGUAGCUAACAAUAAUACACAACACGUAGCUAGCUGCUGUCUUGUUUCUCCUGUUCCAGGUACACUAUGAGCAACGAAGACCUCAUUUCAGUGGAUUAUGAAAUUUUUGGCAGAGUGCAAGGCGUGUUUUUUCGGAAGUACACUCAAGCUGAGGGGAGGAAGCUCGGUCUGGUGGGAUGGAUCCAAAACACAGGCACCGCAACUGUUCAGGGGCAGCUACAAGGCCCACGAAACCAGGUGAAAGAAAUGCAAGAAUGGCUGAAAUCCACCGGAAGCCCCAAGUCACGCAUAACCAAGGCAGAGUUUAAGAAUGAGAAAACAGUCGAUAGCCUAGAACACUCAUCUUUUAAGAUUGUAAAAUAAGAUAACCCAUAGUUUGUACUUGUAAUAUUACCUUUGACGCAGAUGUUUUAUUUAUUUUGUUUAUUUUAUUAGUUGGAAUGCAUCUCAAGUAUUGAAAUGAUUUAUGUUCAUCCUUAACAUCUACACAAUAGUGUAAUAAAAGUCCUUCCAGCCUGCAUCACAUUGUUGAAUUUUAUUGUAGCAAUAUAGGGAAUAUUUGACGAGGUGACUACAUUAUCCAGAAUCCAGCAGACAUCCUGGUGAGCAAAAGCAAGCUGCUGCCCUCCUUUGCAAAGGACUGACUCUGCGGGUGGCUGCGGAGAAUCACUGACAAAACAGCCAAAGAUGUAGGAUCAAUGAAUCCUCAAAUUGCGUUCAUUUGAAUAAUUUGGGAAAAUACUCAUGAAGAAAGUCACUGAUGAUGUCAGGAGGCAAACAAGAGGUAUAGAGGGAGCGGACAUGGCGUACAAAAUUAAAAUCGGACCAACUCUUCACACAAAUGUGAUGGAAUUGGAUAUUGACUUGUUGUAUGACAGAAAGAAAGUGGUACAUAAAUACAACAUGGGCCAUAAAUGGAAUCUGGGGGAUUAUUAAGAGUGAAGAUAAUACAUUUUCUCCCUUGGCUCGUCAUGUGAUAAAUGAUAAUUUACUUGUAUUUAUUCCAUUAUUUAGUCGAAUGUUUGUCUCCUCCGUUGAAAAUGUGGCGGGAACAAAUAACAGAAAUUGUUGUGUGAAAAGAUGCUAAGAAGAAUGAACUGGAAGUACGAUAUGGUUAAAAAAAACAAAGCUUUUGUGGAUAUAUAUCCGGAGGGAACAACCUAACCUUGACAAGAAUGUGAUGGUUUGGCUGUACAGUGCAUCUGUAACUGUUGCCCUGUACUAAAGCCAACCACAUUAUUUUAAACAAAUAACUGCCUUUUUUUUUUAUCAAUGUCUGUCUGUUCUCCUGCCUGUUUUUCUCUCUGUCUUUCUUUUGGAGUUGGAUAUUCUUUUUAUGAAACUCAUAAAGUUAAUAAAAUACAAGUCAGUAAACACAUGAGAUAGCACUCUCCGUACAGUAGGUGGCGCUACGCACAUUCACAGCUGGUUGAAAUUUGUCAACGAAUAAAGGAAAAGUACGUCGAGCAGUAGGUCCUCCACACCGGAAGAUGGCGCUGUUAGAUUUGGCUGUUGGCUGCUGCGGUCUGCUCUUGAUGUUGCACGUUGACUGUAAACAGCAGCCGAGGUUGAUUUUAGCAUUGUUUUCGAUAGUUUUUAUUUUUUAAUUUUAACAGGCAGUGUAUCCCGACUUAUUUUAAUGUUUCGCAAUCACAAAGUUGUGGAACUAGCUAACGUUAGCGUUAAGCUAACGGUACUGAGUGUUAGCUAGCAACGGCUAAUUUUAAGACAGCUGAAUGUUAUGAACAC